CCGCAGGAGGAUCAGCGGAGAGGGGUUCGAUGCCGGCUGGUUCUGUGGGUCUGGAGCGCACAAUGAACCGGACGCUGGAUGAACUUGUUGCUGUGGGAAACGCACGCGCGCAGACACCGAAAAUAAAGGAUUUCUGACCCAGUCUUCGUCGCCGCUGAACAUUUUUUUUUUCCCGUGGACUUUCUCUUCAAGGGAAAAUCGUUUUUGUUCGACUGGCUGCCGAUGGAUCUGGUUUGGGAUCUGAUUUUCUUUGGAGCCGAAUUCGUUGAAGGUUUUACGCGCCACCGUGGUGCGUAAAAUCCUCCUUGGAUUCGUGGAGAAACUGUCUCACAUGACCUCCCGCUGCUCCGCUGCUCCCUGAUCGCUCCCCGCACCUCCUCAUCGCCGCAUCAUGGCAGCAGGAGUGUCGGCGUGGUUGCCGUUCGCACGCGCGGCGGCGAUCGGCUGGAUGCCGGUGGCCAGCGCGUCCAUGCCGGUGCCGCCGCAGGACAAACACCGGGGUCAGGACGGCCUCCUCGUGCUCAAUGUGAGUGGCACAAAGUUCCAAACUUGGCGGAACACUCUGGAGCGGUACCCGGACACCCUGCUGGGCAGCUCGGAGCGGGACUACUUCUUCCACGAGGAGAGUAACGAGUACUUUUUCGACAGGGACCCCGACAUCUUCAGGCAUAUCCUCAACUUCUACCGCACCGGGAAGCUGCACUACCCGCGCCAGGAGUGCAUCUCUGCGUACGACGAGGAGCUGGCCUUCUUCGGCAUAAUCCCGGAGAUCAUCGGGGACUGUUGCUACGAGGAGUACAAGGACCGGCGGCGGGAGAACCAGGAGCGCAUCCAGGACGACGAGGAGAUGGACCCGACCAACGAGCAGGUCUCCUCGGACAUGACGUUCCGAGAGUCCAUGUGGAGGGCCUUCGAGAACCCGCACACCAGCACCAUGGCGCUGGUCUUCUACUACGUCACGGGCUUCUUCAUCGCCGUGUCGGUCCUGGCCAACGUCGUGGAGACGGUGCCGUGCGGCGCCGCGUCGAACCGUCUAAAGGACAUGUCGUGCGGGGAGCGUUACGCGCUGGCCUUCUUCUGCCUGGACACGGCGUGCGUCAUGAUCUUCACGGUGGAGUACCUGCUGCGUCUCCUGGCCGCGCCGAGCCGCUGCAAGUUCAUCAAGAGCGUCAUGAGCGUCAUCGACGUGGUGGCCAUCAUGCCGUACUAUAUCGGCCUGGUCAUGACCGACAACGAGGACGUGAGCGGCGCCUUCGUCACGCUGCGUGUCUUCAGGGUGUUUCGGAUUUUCAAAUUCUCGCGGCACUCGGCGGGGCUGCGCAUCCUGGGCUACACGCUGAAGAGCUGCGCGUCCGAGCUCGGCUUCCUGCUCUUCUCUCUCACCAUGGCCAUCAUCAUCUUCGCCACUGUCAUGUUUUACGCGGAGAAAGGCUCCACGGCCACCAAGUUCACCAGCAUCCCCGCGGCUUUCUGGUACACCAUCGUCACCAUGACGACGCUCGGAUAUGGAGACAUGGUGCCAAAGACCAUCAUGGGGAAGAUCUUCGGUUCCAUCUGCUCGCUGAGCGGCGUGCUCGUCAUCGCCCUGCCCGUGCCCGUCAUUGUCUCCAACUUCAGCCGCAUCUACCACCAGAGCCAGCGCGCCGAGAAGAGGCGAGCACAAAAGGCCUCCAAAGAAGCUGGACGGUUGCUGGUGUCUAAAAUCAACUCCAGCUUCGAGCUUCACCAUCACCACCUUAUGCACUGCCUGGAGAAAACCACGAACCACGACUUUGUGGACAAGAAGACGUACGAAGCAAGUUGCAGGGACGUGGCACUGGUGAAGCACGUGUCUCGCUCCUCGUCUGUCUCCUCUUCAGCCUCAGCUCAUCAUAGCCUCACUUCCUGCUGCAACCGCAGGAAGAGGAGGAGUUUCAAUGUACCCAACUCCAACAUGUCUGUGGGGCUGCAGGGCAGCAUCCAGGAGCUCAGUACCAUCCAGAUCCGAGAAAGGCCACUGUCCAACAGUCGUUCCAGUUUGAACGUCAAAUUGGAGGAGAUAGUCCCCCUGAACUGUGACCAGCCCUACAUCACUGCUGCCAUCAUCAGCAUGCCCAUGGCGGCGAACACCACGCCUGAAGGUGACAAUUCAACCCCCUCCACCGACUACUCCCAGGCCAACAUCGUCCGCGUGUCGGCACUCUAGAAGCAGCAGUUGCGCUGACAUGACGCAUAUGGAUGACAGGGUCAGUGACCCUACAGCACAAGGGGCAAAGGG